CUAUCCGUAAAAACCAGUUGAAUUGAUCCACGGAAACAUCCGGUAAAAUGGAGGCGACGGCCAUCAGCAUCGGCAAGUCCGUGUUGAGCGGGGCGCUAAACUACGCCCAAUCAGCUGUGGCCCAGGAGGUGGCUCUGCAGCUUGGGGUCCAGCGUGACCAUUCCUUCAUCAGGGGCGAGCUCGAGAUGAUGCAGUCAUUCCUGAUGGCUGCGCACGACGAGAGAGAUGACAAUAAGGUGGUCAGGACUUGGGUGAAACAAGUCCGCGACGUGUCCUACUCUGUCGAGGACUGCCUCAUUGAUAUUGCUGUCCGCCUGGAGAAGCAGUCUUGGUGGUGUCUCUCUCGCAAGGUGCUAGCACGGCGUUAUGUGGCGAACCAGAUGAAGGACCUCAGAGCUGAGGUGGAGGAGGUCAGCCAGAGGAACCAACGGUACCACCUCAUCAAGGGCUCUAGCUCCAACCCUAUUGUGGGGCAGCCUACCAUCUCCGGUGCGACGAUGUCUGCAGCCGAUGAUGCAAGGCUGCGGCGGCAGAAAGCAAAAAUGGAUCUCAUCAAGUUGAUCAAUUGCAAGGAUGAUGCACUUCGAGUGAUAGCGUUGUGGGGCACAAGCAUUAGUGAACUGGGGGAGGUAUCCAUCAUCAGAAGUGCCUAUGAAGAUCCCAUGAUACACAAGAAUUUUGAUUGUUGUGCUUGGAUCGCAUUGAUGUGUCCUUUCAAUCAGAUGGAUUUCAUUCGAAGCAUUGUUAGGCAAAUCUAUGUUAAUUCUUUUCAAGAGACAGGAGAAGAAGGGAAAACAACUAUUGGGGCCCAUGUUUUGAAGAUGAUGGCAAUGAAGAAAGAAGAUGGUUGGGCUCAUGUGUUCAAGAGAUUCUUGAUGCAGGGGACUGUGGAAGAUGGCUUGGCUUAUGAGUUCAAGAGAUAUUUGAGUGACAAGAGUUACCUAAUUGUACUCAAUGGCAUGCACGCCAUUGAAGAAUGGGAUUGCAUUAAAACAUAUUUCCCAAACAACAAGAAAGGAAGCCGGAUCAUAGUAUCAACUGAGCAAGUUGAAGUUGCAAGCUUAUGCAUAGGAGCAGAGGAUGCAGCUCUUGUGCGCAGGAAGUUAUUUGCUGAUCAGUCUCUUUAUGCUUUCUACAGUAAGGUUUCCCAGGAGGGAAGGAAUUCAACUGAAAAAGGGUCCACGUCAUAUGUAGCCUCUCCUGGUAUUAACAACUCGACACACAAGAAUAUCCUCACUCGCAUGGAGACAAUAGCUGUUCUAGAGGAAUCUUGUCUCAUUGGGAGAGGGAAUGAAAAAGAGGAAUUCAUUAGACUAAUCUCAAAUAAAGAUCUCCAGCAAUUUCGUGUGAUCUCCUUGUGGGGCAUGGGUGGUAUUGGGAAAACAACACUAGUGAGAGAUAUCUAUCAAAGCCAAGAGAUAAGUGGCAUGUUUGAUAAGCGUGCUUGUGUCACAGUAAUGCGUCCUUUCAAUUCAGCGACACUCAUAGAGAGCUUAACUAUGCAAUUCAGAGAUAACAAUGAGAUGGAUUUAAGGAGAUGUUUAGAAGGAAGGAGAUAUUUUCUUGUUCUUGAUGAUCUGUGGUCCAGAGUAGAGUGGGAUGCCAUAAGACAAUAUUUGCCAGAAACGGCAGCAAGUUGCAUAAUAAUCACCACAAGGGAAGAGAAUGUUGCCAAGCACUGCUCAAUGGAGGAAAGAAACAUAUACAAGCUCAACCAUCUGGGUCCUGAUGACGCAUGUACCCUCUUCACCAAAAAGGUAUUUAAGAAGACCGUAAAUUUGGAAAAGCAAUAUCCAGAGUUGGUUGAACAAGCAAAACUGAUAUUGAAGAAGUGCAGAGGGCUUCCCCUUGCACUAGUCACCAUAGGUGGCUUCUUGGCAAGCCAACCAAAAACUGCUUUUGAGUGGAGACAACUGAAUGAGCAUAUCAGUGCUGAAUUGGAGAUGAAUCCAGAACUUGAGAUCAUAAAAGCAGUCCUUAUGAAAAGCUAUGAUGGUUUACCCUAUCAUCUCAAGGCUUGUUUCUUAUAUCUGGCCAUCUUUCCUGAAGACUACAAGAUUGCACGGCGACGCUUAGUGCGUCAGUGGAUUGCAGAGGGUUACUCAAGUGGGGUGCGUGGCAAGUCUGUGGAGGAAGUGUUGGACGUUUACUUCAUGGAACUCAUAAGCAGGAGCAUGAUCCUGCCACUUCAACAGUCAAUUUAUAGUAGGAAAGGAGUUGACUCUUGCCAUGUCCAUGAUCUCAUUCGUGAAAUUGCCAUCUCAAAAUCUAUGGAGGAAAAUCUUGUUUUCACAUUGGAGGAAGGGUGCAGCUUAAAUAACCAAGGUACAGUGCGUCAUCUUGCUAUAAGCAGCAAUUGGAAGGGGGAUCAAUGUGAGUUUGAGAAUAUAGUAGACUUGUCCUGUGUACGAUCAUUAACAGUGUUUGGAAAUUGGAGGCCAUUUUAUAUUUCUGAUAAAAUGAGGCUGCUACGAGUACUGGAUUUGGAAGGCAACUUGGAUCUAGUUGAUCAUCAUCUAGAGCACAUUGGGAAGCUUGUACAUCUUAGAUAUCUUUCUUUAAGGGGACAUACUGAUGUAUUUCACCUGCCAAAUUCGCUGGGGAACCUGAGACAACUCCAGACAUUAGAUAUUUCAGGCACGAGGAUAACAAAGCUACCAAGGACCAUCAUCAAGCUUGUGAAGAUGCAACACAUUCUUGCUAGCGGCAUAGGAGAGAGCAAUAGCUAUAUGUUUGAUGAAGCAGAUGAGCAGUCACUAAUGAGUUUGCCUUCAUAUUCAGCAUUGUGUUGUAGGGCAUGUUGUACACCUAGAUUUCUUGCAUUUGAAGCACAAUUAGGACUUGACUAUGGUGCACAAUUUAACAGGCGUGAUGUAUGCACUGCGUUUUGCUGCAACAUAUUACCUUAUUAUGCGGCAGGAGGACGAAAUCCAGGUGGUGUUGAAGUGCCAAGAGGGAUUUGGAAACUGAAGGCCAUGCACACACUGCGUACCGUUGAUGUCUCAGUGGGGAAGACUGUUCUACAAGAUAUAAAAAAGCUCACCCGGUUGCGCAAGUUAGGAUUGACAGGCAUCAGCAUGAGGAACAGUCAAGAAUUGUGUUCAGCAAUUGCUCGUCUCAGCAGCCUGGAGUCACUGUCACUCCAAUCAGACGGAGGGACAGGUUUAUCAGGCUGCUUGGAUGGCCUGUCCUCACCUUCAGAAAACCUGCAGAGCCUCAAGUUGAUAGGCAAGCUGGUUAAAUUGCCGCAGUGGAUUCAGGGCCUCAAAAAUCUCGUGAAGCUGAAGCUAUUGAGGUUGAGGAUAUCGGAGCAUGAUGCCGCCAUACAAGUCCUUGGGAAUCUACCAAACCUGGACACCCUAUGUCUAUUGCGUGACUCGUUCGUUGGUGAAGAUGUCCGUUUCAGUUUCUGUCGGGGGGCAUUCCCGAGCCUGAAGGUGCUGCAGCUGGAUUGGAUAGACAUCAAGUUGGUGGAAUCUGAAGAAGGAGCAGCCCCUAAGCUCGAGCUGCUGCAGUAUUACGAUUGCAGUUAUCCCAAUGUUUCAAGCUUGAAGGAGUAUUUGAUGUUUAUGCACGGCUCACAGUGAGGCCAAGCUUGAAGGAACAUUUGCGAGGCCAGCUCACAGUGAAUAAAAACGGGCCUGUUUUGAAGAGGUGGAACGGGAAGUAGCUGUAUUCAGCUCGACUCCCCUUCUGUGUAUUUUAAUAAUAACUCAGGUAGUACGUUCGUCCCUCUCCCUUGUACUAGUAAAUAUUCCCUUUUGAGUUGAUGAAUCAAGACCGCCUACAAAGGCUCGUUUUCUAUCACCAACUGCAUUUGUGAGCUGCUGCUCCC